GAAAUGUCAUUUUUAUAAAUUUUUAAUUUGAGAUUAUUGGCUUUAGUCUUACGCUCACACCGGCAAUUUUUUUGCAAUGAAUACGUGUAAAUUGCCCGCGCCUGUCGACGACAGUGACGGCGACCACCGAUGGAUGAGUAUCCACAAACGCUUCGUCUCCGAGUCGCGCGAGAAAGACGCCGACGUGGUGUUCGUCGGCGACUCGAUCGUGCAAGCUUUACAGCACACUGAAGUGUGGAACGAACUUUUUGCGCCUUUACAUUGUUUAAAUUUCGGUAUCCACAGAGACAAGAUCGAGAACGUGCUCUGGCGGAUCCAAAACGGCGAACUCGAUAACGUAAAACCCAAAGUUAUAGUUCUCCACGUCGGUACUAACAACCACGCGAACACUCCGGAAGAAAUCACGGAAGGGAUUUUAGAAAUAAUCAGUACAAUAAGAGAACGACACCACGACGUUUAUAUCGUAGUUCCCACACUGUUACCUAGGGGGCAGCACCCCAACAAACUGCGGGAGCGCAUGGCUCAGGUCAAUGAGCUCCUCAAAAGCAAAUUAGUCAAUUUACCCAAAGUGGAGUUGGUUGUGAUCGAUAAAGGCUUUGUACAGUCAGACGGGACGAUAAGCCACCACGACAUGCAUGAUUACCUCCUGCUCACCAACGCCGGCAGCAGGAAGGCCUUUGAGCCCGUUCAUGAGUUACUCCUACAAUUGCUCAGCGAAGGCGAACCCGAAAAGGAUCUCACACCAUCUGAAUAAAGUUCAAAUGCCUUUUAUCCGCUUGUUUAGAUUAAGCUCAGGCUGUUUGCCUUAAUUUUCGUUUUGAAUCUCA